AUGGAAAAAUGGCAAGAAAAAAGAGCUAAAGUUCAUGAAACCAGGUCAAAAGCCAUGCUUGAUGUCAUAAACUGGGCAGAAGUUACAGAAAAAGAACUAACAACAGGUGAACCAUCUAAUACAGCAGACUUAGCAAAAGCUCCUCUUUUGAAUGUGAUAAUAAUGGAAGAAGGUUCUGGAAAAUUUUAUGACAAGUCAGGUGACAUUUCACAUUCACAUGAUGAUAGACAAAUGGAUAAGGUUUCAGAUAAGGAAUCUGAAAAUACAGUACCUGUGACUGAUGAAAUUCUUCUUAAUCAAAACCUUUAUCCUAACAAAAUACAAACUGAUAGGAAUGUAAACGUUAAUGUACAACUUGAAGCAGAAGUAGAAAAUACAGAAAUGGAGGUAGUAUCAAUACACUUUACAAAAAAAGGUUACAAAGAAAAUUUAGAACCUGUACUAGAUACAGAGGAAGAUACAAUGAUGGCAGAUGUAACAAACAACACUGAUUCAAUAGAUGGAAAUAAUACAAAUAUUAUGGAGUAUGAAAAGAUAGAAACUUUUCAAAAAACACAUCAAAAUUUGACUGAAGAUGGGUUUACUAUAGUAUCGAAAAAAAAGAAAAAGAACUAA